GCGCACUCGGCCGGAGGGGCUUGGGGAAGCUCCAUUAUGUAUUCGCGACGAGGAUAAGUCCAACUCCUGCGUGACACGGCCGGGAGGGUCCCGCGCUGCCUUGUGCGGUGCCGGACCGAUGCGCUCGACAACGGGCCGCUUGUCGGGACCGCAAUGCACAACAUUAUGCGCUCAUCUUCACACGUAUCUAUCCUUCUAUGCACCACCAACUUCGCCGACGGAUGACGAAGCUACGGUGGGGGACAUCCUUGCGUAUGUUACCGAGGUGGCCCGCGAGUUUCGCAAGCAGCGGUAUGAUGACAACAACGCACCGGUCCUCUAUGUUCGCAUCCAAGCUGGGCAAGCAUCCUGCAGCGCUUUGCUUGAUAGCGGCGCGACUCGCAAUUUCAUGAGCCAAGCCUUUAUGCAAAGGGCUGGCCUUGGCGCACAAGUUCGGAAGAAGGCAAACCCGAGGAACAUCAAGCUGGCAGACGGAAGGACGCAGCAACUUAUCGACCGCUACAUUGAGGCUGUACCGGUGUAUUUCGCACCUCAUGCAUGCGAACCGAUGACGUUCGACAUUUUGGACACGGACUUCAACAUUAUUUUGGGAAUGCCUUGGCUUGCAAAUGCGGAUCACACGAUCAACUUCCACAGGUGGACUCUUACCGUUCGGGACGCCUUCGGCGCCGAAGUGUCGUGUACUAUUCCUCUUCCGCACCCUUUGAUUCGGUGCCAAGUGGUGACGGCCAAGUCAUUCCGGGCUACUUGCGCUUACAAGCAGUCUGACGAAAUAGGCCUAUGUUUCCUACGAACUGUCGCGGUAGCCGAUUCUUCCCCCACGGACUUGUCUUCGGACCCUCGUGUGGUGCAGUUGCUUGAUGAGUUCACCGACAUCUUCGAGUCACCUACCGGUGUGGUGCCGGAUUGGCUGAUCUCUCACGAGAUCAUUCUUAAGGCCGGUGUCGUGCCGCCAAAAGGCUGCAUUUAACGCAUGAGCGAGGAGGAGCUUACAGUCCUUCGCGCGCAACUAAAUGACUUGUUGGACAAGGGCUGGAUCCGCCCUAGUAGCUCUGCAUAUGGAGC